AUGUCAGCACACGCAAUUGAUCUUGAAACUAAACACUCAGCGCACAACUACCACCCAUUGCCUGUCGUAUUCGAUAGCGCAUCCGGAGCUAAAGUCUGGGAUGUCGAGGGUGUAGAAUACUUGGAUUUUCUUAGUGCUUACAGCGCCGUAAAUCAGGGGCACUGUCAUCCAAAGAUUAUAGAAGCACUCACGAGGCAAGCCUCCAAGUUGACGCUCAGUAGUCGCGCAUUUCAUAACAGUGUUUUUGGUGAAUUCGCUAAGAAACUCACUGACUUACUAGGCUAUGAUAUGGUACUCCCUAUGAACACAGGAGCAGAAGCUGUCGAAACAGCCUUGAAAUUAGCACGUCGUUGGGCAUAUGCCAAAAAAGGUGUAUCGGAGAAUGACGCAAAGAUCCUCGCAGUUGAGGGUAAUUUCCAUGGACGUACACUUGCCGUGAUUUCCAUGUCAACUGACAGUGAGGCCACACACCAAUAUGGUCCAUUCCUCCAGGGCGUUGGUACCUCAUUCGAUGAUACACGAAUCAGGUACAACAACAUAGACGAUCUCCAUAGGGUCCUAGAAAAGUAUGGCCACCAAACAGCUGCAUUCCUUGUCGAACCAAUACAAGGGGAGGCUGGUAUAAUUGUUCCUGAUCACGAUUACCUCAGACAAGCGAAGCAAUUAUGCGAGAAGUACAACGUGCUUUUGAUAUGCGAUGAAAUACAAACUGGUCUCGGUCGCACUGGUAAAAUGCUUUGUUGCGAACACUCAGGCGUCCGCCCAGACGUUGUUACACUAGGAAAAGCACUCAGUGGUGGCGUAUAUCCUGUUUCAGCAGUUCUAGCAGAUGCUGAUAUAAUGCUCACAAUCACUACUGGUAGUCAUGGCUCAACAUAUGGUGGCAACCCACUCGGAUCAGCUGUCGCUAUGGCAGCACUCGAUGUCAUAAUUGACGAAAACCUCGUCGAGAGAGCCGAAAAACUUGGUCAUAUAUUCAGAGAUGCAGUUGGUAAAAUCCAGUCACCACUUAUUGAUCAAGUGAGAGGCAAAGGACUUCUCAAUGCUGUUGUCAUUGACGAAUCUAAAUCUACUAGAGGUAGAGGAGCAUGGGAUAUUUGUAUCCUAUUAAAGAAAUACGGUUUGCUCGCUAAACCAACACAUCAGAAUAUCAUCAGAUUCGCACCACCAUUGGUCAUCUCAGAAGAUGAUCUCUUACGCGGUGUUUCUAUAAUUGAGAAAGCACUCAAUGACCUUGACAAAGUUGAUCACAUUUCUGAGCAUUAA